GACACGUGUAGAGCUCAGAAGAGUAAGAAGACAAAACGGGAAAAUUCAAAAAUUUGGAGUGUGGACCCCUCCGGUUUAAACCCUAACCGGACAGCCUGUUCCCGGCAACACAACAGCACUGUCACCCUCUAAACCCUAAUUUUUGCUACCCUUUUCACUCCCCAAUCUUAAUGCCGCCGAAGCAGCAAUCAAAAGCUGAUCUUGCGAAGAAGCAGAAGAUCGUAGAGGACAAAACCUUCGGUCUCAAAAACAAGAACAAGAGCAAAAAUGUCCAGAAAUACGUCCAAAACCUCAAGCAAUCCGUGCAACCAAAUCCCGACUCUUCAAAACUCGCUGCCAAGAAAAAGAAGGAGGAAGAGAAGGCCAAGGAUAAGGAGUUAAAUGAUUUGUUCAAAAUUGCUGUUAGUCAGCCUAAGGUGCCAGUUGGUGUUGAUCCUAAGUCCAUAUUGUGUGAGUUUUUCAAAGUGGGGCAGUGUACCAAGGGCUUCAAGUGCAAGUUCUCCCACGAUUUGAAUGUUCAGAGGAAAGGGGAAAAGAUUGACAUUUAUAGUGAUAAGCGUGACGAGGAAACAAUGGAGGAUUGGGAUCAAGAGACCUUGGAGAAGGUAGUAGAGUCGAAGAAAACCGAGUAUAAUCAGAACAAACCAACUGACAUAGUCUGUAAAUACUUUUUGGACGCAGUGGAGAAGAAGCAAUAUGGUUGGUUCUGGGUCUGCCCCAAUGGUGGUAAGAAUUGCCACUAUAGACAUGCCCUUCCCCCUGGAUACGUUUUAAAAUCUCAAAUGAAGGCUCUAUUAGAGGAGGAAUCUGAAAAAAUAACAAUAGAGGAGGAGAUUGAAAAUCAGCGCGCCAAAGUGACAACUACAACUCCUAUGACUCCUGAGUUAUUCAUGCAAUGGAAGAAAAAGAAGAUAGAAGAAAGAGAUGCCAAUUUGGCUGCACAACAGGCAGAAAGAGCUAAGAAUGAUCGCAUGAGUGGUCGUGAGCUAUUUUUGUCAGAUGCUAGCUUGUUUGUGGAUGAUGAUGAAGCAUACGACAAGUACCAAAGAGAACCAGAAUCUGAAUCUGGCGACACUGAACAGAAUGCGAAUGGUAAUGCUACUGAAGAUGGUCCCAGCACCUUGAUAGCUAGUGCUGAUGUUGAUGAUGACGACGAACUGGACAUGGACGAGUUGGAUGAAUUAGAAGCAAGCUUAUCAAAGACAUCAAUACAAAUAAAGGAGUUAGGAGCUGAAACUUAAUUCUGAGGAUUAGUUAUAACCUUCAUGUGAUAUUUUUAUGCAUCUAAUGCACAAUAGAGCAUGUGCUUGUAGCCAUUAGCACUUGUUUCUAUCAAGGAAUUUUUGAAUGAAGCCUUUGAUGAUAAUGAAAGUAUUCUUCUCAACUUUACAUUUGGUAAGAAUAAUUGUCUGUGUGACAUAAUGUGAUAUAUUCUAGCUUUCUCAAGUUAGAUCUCUCAUUGGACCUACUACACACAUUUUUUUAUUUGUUGUUUGAACACUAGGUUGUCUCAGCAGUUUGUAUCAGUUUUGUUAUGAGUUUAUCUAUUUCAGAAAUCGGCACGGGGAUGUUCCAUAUUGCUUUAUGCCGUGUAAUUUUUGUUAACAUUCAAGCGUAAAGUGAUAUUUUUGGUGUCUUGAA